CCGGCGCAGCCGGAAGCCCCGUGGGCGGGCGGCGGUGGCGGCCCGGGGGAGCCCCGCUGUCCCCCGCGCUGCAGGAGGGCGGGGAGGCAAUGGGAGCGGAGCACAGCGCGGAGGCCGAGAGCCGCGCGGGCGAGCCCAGCACCUCAGCAUCUCCAUCACCAGCCAAGCAGCGAGCAAAAAUGGAUGACAUUGUGGUGGUAGCCCCAGGGACACAGUCUUCCCGGAAUGUCAGCAAUGAUCCCGAUGUCAUAAAACUGCAGGAAAUUCCAACUUUCCAGCCCCUUUUGAAAGGACUUCUCAGUGGGCAGACCUCUCCGACCAACACCAAACUGGAAAAGCUGGACCCCCAGCAGGUGCUGCAGCUGUGUCUCCGGUACCAGGAUCAUCUUCACCAGUGUGCAGAAGCUGUUGCCUUUGAUCAGAAUGCACUUGUGAAGCGGAUCAAAGAGAUGGACUGCUCCGUGGAAACCCUUUAUGGCUUCAUGCAGGAGCGCCAGAAGAAGUAUGCCAAGUAUGCAGAGCAGAUCCAGAAGGUCAAUGAAAUGUCUGCCAUCCUCCGCCGUAUACAGAUGGGCAUCGACCAGACGAUCCCGCUGAUGGAGCGGCUGAACAGCAUGCUGCCAGAGAGCGAGAGGCUGGAGCCCUUCAGCAUGAAACCCGACCGGGAGCUGAAGUCUUAGCUGAUCCGUCAGGCUCCCGUUGUCCUCCUCACCUUCCAGGCUCUAGUGUUCAGCACAGACGCACUUCAACGAGCUGGAUGGCAGAUGUUUGGGGCGCACGGCACUGCUGCCGGACUCUGCCAGGGCAUCGGAGGAAGAGCAGCACCAGCUGCCAGAACUGUGCAGCCUGGAAUGCAGGAGCCUCCCGGCCCUGUCGUCUGGAGAAGAUGAUUUACCAUCCCUUCAUCUCCCUCCUCUCGCCCUCCUGUCUCCUCCGCUACUGCCAUCCGGUUCCAUUGCUGUGACGAGAUGGGGGUUUACAGAUGAGGAGUUUUCUUUCACCUGAUUAUUUUUUUUUACUAGAAAAAUUCAAAGGGACACAGGGUGUGACAAACACUCUGACAUGGGGUUUGUGCCACUGGCGUUUAGACCAUUAGAUGGCUGGCAGGUGUUUUUGGUAUCCCCUGGCCUAGGAAAUGUGUGUGUGUGUUAUAGGUGAAAGUACAGGAGCUAGGGACUGGCUUAUUAAAAUCUGCCUAUUAUCAUAAUUAACAUGGCUUGCAUGGCAGGGGUUUGGCAUGUCCUCCUCAAGGCUCCUGUUUUUAUGGGCUCACUAAUUUAUGAGGUUGUGAAGGAGUAACUGUUACAGAUACGUAUGUCUGUUUUUGUUAAGCAAGCCUUAGUUUUCCUCUCCCCCUUGCCCUAGUAAUGUCCCUGUGCCCCAGCUGCUGGCAUUUUGUGUUCCUCACCUUGCACAGUGGUUCUGACAGGCACUGGCACUGACCUGCUCAUUUUGCAUCCAAAGUUGGACACGAGGUGUCUCUCUUUAUUGUUAUUGGGACACUUGAGUUGUCUUGGUGCUGUCUUUUCUACCAGAGGGAUGCAGUUGUUUACCUUCAAGUGUAUGGAGUUGGAAGGAGGAGACACAAGAAGGCCUUUUGGCCCUUGCUUUGGCUUAGCUGCUGUUACACUGAGAGCUUGCCCAGGCGUGGUGUUUAAUGACUGAAACCACCUUGCUCUUUGGGACUGUGCUCAGCAAACUGCUCCAAAGACAAGGCGUUCUUCCCUUCUCCCAGGAUGAGAGCUCUGAAGGAAGGCAGGCAGCGUGUCCAUGCUGCCUGGGUGCUGGGCUGGCCUGUAGGAAACAGGAUGGUUGCCAAGCUUGCCCCUGGUGUGCUGGCUGCAGGUGAUCUGCAGCACCUCGCUGAGCUUUGGAGAGUUAAAAUACUUGCAGCUCUAGAAACAGGGUUUAACAGCCUGUGUCACUGUUGCGUGGCAGCUGUUGUCUGCAGCAGAAAGAACAUGUCACCAGAAGGGUGGAGCACUUGGUUUGCUGGGUCAAGGAUAGGUUUGUGUGUGUUAGCGUUAGUCCUGGAAUACUGUUGUGGUGAGAGGCAAAAGCAUGCCCAAGAGCACCAUGUAUGGUUGAGUGUAUGUCAGGAUCACAGUUCCACUGGUGAGGGCAGCCCUAUUUGGGAGUCAGUGACAGUCCAUCUUCUACAACACAAAACUAGAUGAUUGCCAAACGUGACUUGCUUGAAUACCUCUUUCAGUACUUAAGAGUACUUAGCAGCAAAAGAUUGUCUCUAGGCAUUUGGGAGUAAGAGCAUAAUAAGUUUUUGAUGGUAUUAAUUAUUGCCUGGUGGCAGAAAGCAACAGGCUGUUCUUUAGUUGCAUUCCCAAAGUCCAUGUAGCCUGGAGUGGAUUUCUGGGAUGCAGACUGCAGGCAACUGUGGUACGUAUCUGAACCGUAGCAGUAAUUGAACCUCAGGGCAUGUUGCGUACUGUCUGAAAGCAGAGUCUCGUAGAAAUGGAUCCCCCUGGAAUGAUGCCCUGGGAAGAGUGACUACCUGUGUCAGAGUAAGGAACUUGGCAGGAGAUUUUCUAGUAAGGGCAACAGGCUGGGCCUUCAUGUCUGCUGCCUCCACCCUGGAGUUGUUACACAGGUGUGUAUACAUAGAUGUAUGCCGUAUGUUGUACAGGAUAGAACAUGGGAUCCUUGCUCAUGCGUCUUGCAGUAUUUCACACCUGGUUUGUUAAAGGCAUACAUUAGACUCAACAACCCAAGAAAACCUGCUUGUCAUGGCCAUGCCCAUGCAGGUCCUCAUUGUCUGUCAUGGAGCAGCCUCUGCCUCCCGCCAUCAGACACACCAGAAUAUUCAGCAGCUUUAAAUAGCAGCUGCAGGCAGUUUUGCCCUCCUUGUCCAGAUGAUGCUGUCUGGAAGUUUAGAAUGUGUGACAUUCACCCGUCUGCCAGACGGGAUCAUGGAUAUCCCACACCCUGGUGUACUAGAAGCCUAUACCGGUGGGAAGAUCCCAAUAUUGGAUCUCGAGGCAGGGGUUAGGCUGCAAUGCUCUCUCCUGUAAAGCUUCUACACAUUUGGCCUCAUGCUGUUAAGUAUCAGAUCAAAGCAUUGUGGUGGUAAUGAGGGCAAGCGAAUUGUAUUCCUGUCUGAAGGCUGCAGGCAUGAAGGCUGCAAAUCAGUUCCUCAUUUGCUAUGGAACACACAGGCAGUGGGCUGAUAAUGGGAGAAAGCACUUGUUCCUAUGAACACUGGCCUGCAAGCUUGUGGAUAUGCUACUGGGCUGCCCAGCUAAAGCUUUCUGCACAGCAAGGGUAGUUUGUGAACAACAUGAUAGAUUAACUAGAAAGAAAUCAACUGGAGCUGAAAUGUGAAGGCCAAUCUCUUCCAAAGCACACAGGUCAUCACCUUCAUUCCACAGGCGAUAGUCUCUUGUAUUGGGUACUGUAAGAGAGCAUGCACCCUCUAAUUGUUCUCAAACCAUGGUUUACAGUUUUAUUUAAAACAUUGUCUGUGGCUUCAUCUCUUUGGCCCUCUCAGUGAGGGGAAGACAUUUCCUGACAUGUCCUUUUGAGCUGUUUGUUGCUUGGCUGCUCCUUGUUUGCUUUGCUCUGCACGCUGCUUUCAGGUUCAUCUCGGAGGCAGGCGAUGCUCAAGGUGAAGCUGUUUAGCAAGAGAUUUGAGCUGUGACUGGAAUUACCUUUCUGCUUAUGAAUUUCCUUUUCUGAGCCAAAUGCUUUUGGAGAAGGCCUCAGGUAUCUCUUGUGAAUGUACUAGCUGUUAUUUCUCCCAUGAAGUUAGUGCUAUAAACAGAGAAUAAUGUGGUGGUGUGCUGCACUGAAAACAAACAUCUCUGCCAGGUUCUGCUUUUGGAAGUGGUGUGUGGUACAGGUAUGGGCUAAGCUUCUUGGUAUGCAAUCUUCUGAGAGGCUGGAGAACAGGGCAAGUAUCUGGGUCUGUUGUUCCCUGCUGGCCUAAUCUGCUUUGGUUCCUCUCCUGACUGCUGUUGUGGCCCCUGCUUUGUGCUGCCACUGGUGCUUAUUGUGUCCAACACUGGUCAGUGUGCUACAGACACAGGUUUGUUGUGUUGUUUCCAUUGUUUUUGUAAUUUAAUGCAUUGACAGGGUGCUAACGUGCCAACCUACCUGCAGGGCAAUUUCUGUGAAGAUCUGCUGAAGGGGACAGAAAAUAAUGGGGUUUCGUUUUUUUAAUAUAUGUAUUUAAAAUUAAAUAUAUUUAAAUAUAUUUAAAUAUUUAAAGUGUAUUUUCCCCUCCUCUAAGCUUUUACACAGAAAGAGUAGAAAUACAUGUUUUCACAGGCCCAGUCACUGCAUGAGCCAGCUCCUUUCUCAGACUGUGUGCCACUGGUUUCCUGAGGUACUAUAGUGAUAUGUCUCCCAUUCCCAAGGCCAAGGUGUAUUUCGAUCUCCAGCCUUGUGGCUGAACAGUCCUUAGUUGAUGGGUGGCUAUCCUGUUUGCAGACUUGCUCUGCUUCCAGCUUCCUACAUGCAGCGUGUUCCCCAGCUCCAGCAUUAAAAUGUUUGGGAUUGCUCUUUUCCAA